CACCCUCUACUCAGUCAAGCAUUCAACAAGCAACUUAUAGAUCUGUAGUCUUCUUUACUUUAUCAAAUACAUCAACCUUCAAUCUAUUCCGCAUCCAGUCGUAUCACAUCAUAGCCCUACUGUGACAGCAAACAUGGAUACCUCCAAGCCCAUCAAUCCCUCUGAUCUCUUUUCGGCCAAAGGCCUCACUGUUGUCAUAACAGGAGGUGGAAGUGGAAUUGGUCUCGCCUUCGCCACGAGUCUCGCAGGUUCCGGAGCCGAGAAGGUGUACCUCCUAGGACGCAGAGUAAAGAACCUCGAAGAUGCUGCAAAGUCAAUAAACCCUGACAUCGUCGUACCUAUCCAAUGCGACGUUACCGACCCAUCCUCCGUCGACGCUGCAGUCAAGCAAAUUGAGAAACAGUCCUCGCAUGUCGACGUCCUGAUCAACAACGCUGGCGUGCUUGGUCCAGAUCACAAGGGCAUCGACAAGGCCCAAAGCAUCCAGGAGUUGCAAGAGAUUAUGAAAAGAGAUUGGUCAAGCUGGGACACUUCAUUCCAAACAAACACAUCUGCCAUCGUCAAUGUCAGUGCUGCUUUCUUGCAUCUGCUUGACGAGGCCAACAAGAAGAGAGGCUGGGCUACUGGCAGAAAAGAGGUCAUGGAGAGGGUUGAGGGUGCACAGUACGAUGUCAAUGACCCGAGAACGAGUCAGAUCAUCACUGUUGCCAGUAUCGCUUCCUUCAACCGCUUCGUGACUGCUGGCCUGGCAUACUCGGCAACCAAAGCAGGUGCUGCUAUGCUGGGCAAGGCUUUGGCUACCCUGCUCGCCCCUUUCGGUAUCAGGAGCAAUGUCAUCGCACCAGGAAGAUUCCCAUCUGACAUGACCGCUGGAGACUCUGGUUCAUUCCCAGUCAACCAGAUCCCCGCAAGCAGAUCCGGCUCGUAUGAAGACAUGGCCAGUAUGAUACUGUUCCUUGUUGGCAAGUCUGGAGCCUACCAUAAUGGCAAUGUCCAAGUCAUUGAUGGUGGUCGAUUGUCGAUGAUGCCCUCCACGUACUGAUGUUUUCCGGUAUCUUUGCUAGCGCAACAGUUUCUAGAGGUAGAUACAUACAAAGACAUGAAUGCAUUCGCUUCGCACCCGAUGUACUCGUUGAUAGCAUGCUGCCUGAAUUGCGGCCAACGAGGUGGUGCCCAACAUCAAAGAGCGGUCUACCC